ACUGGACGUUUCUGUUACGUCUUGGCAGUGCCUCACUCCAAGACUAAUUCAAACGCUUCACUCUCUCCGUCUCUCGGAAACCAUUCAUUUUAACUCCUUCAAACUGUACAACCCUGCUCUGUUGUCUUUUCUCUCGGUUUUUUUUUUUCAGUCUUAACCUGAAAUUCUAUAAAAACUCUUUAUUGAACUUUCAAUCCUGUGCACUUUGUUUUUUAAGCUACGAACAUUAAUGGAGUUGAGAAAUUCAGGAUGGGUCACCUAAUCCAAAUUCCAAUACCCACUUCUUUAUAUCCCUUAAACAAACAGAUGCAAAACACAAAGUUCCGAAAUUUCCGGUGCAUUUGACACGGCGUUCUUUUUGUUUCCUCAACCAAAACUUUUUCCGAUUCUGGGUGUCUUCCUAAUGUCGACAGUGGAAAUGUCCCACCACAUCGAUUUGGAGCAAGGGGGUCACCGUCGCUCCGGCACCGGAAGUGACGUCAGCGCCGACGCUAGUGUCUGCUUCUCGGACGCCGAUGAGGGCUCCUGCUAUUCCCAGUUCUUUUCCACGAAUGGUGGGUCUUACGACGAGUACAGCUUCGCUUGUGUGUACGAUCCUGAGAUUGGGAACGGCUCGGGCUCUCGGAGGGACUCUUUGUCGUCAGCCUCGGAUUGCUCGGUGGAGGUGGAGAUUGAGACUGGGGUCCCCGAAGUCAAGGUGCAUUUGGCUAAAGCAGAAAGUGAUUGUAGGAUUUGUCAUCUCGGUUUGGAGAGUAAUAGCCAUGAAUCCGGGGUUCCUAUAGAGUUGGGUUGUUCCUGUAAAGACGAUUUGGGUGCAGCCCACAAGAACUGUGCUGAGGCCUGGUUCAAGAUUAAGGGAAAUAAGACCUGUGAGAUAUGCCAUUCUGUUGCACAUAAUGUCUUUGGAUCAAAUGAGAUUGCAUCAAUGGAGAAUUCAAGCGAGGCCAAUGAUACCACAGCAGCAGCUAUAGUUGCAGCAGUGUCCAUGGCAGAGACACGAAGCUUCUGGCGCGGCCACCGAUUUGUGAAUUUCCUGCUUGCUUGCAUGGUAUUUGCAUUUGUCUUAUCAUGGCUUUUUCACUUCAAUGUUCCAUCGUAAUAAGAUUCUGUGAAGGGUCAUUGAGGAAAGGGUUCAGUAAAAAAGAACUAUACACAUUCUGUAAAAGGACCUGCCAAAUUGUAGCUAUGAUGAUGGUAAUGGGAGAGUCUCAGUCGUCAAGCCUCCCAACGUUUAUAAAUAUAGAAUACAACUUAAUCUGCUCUACAAUACUCGUAGAGAGUUUGGUUUUCACA